GUUUGAAACGGCUAAGCAAGCAUUUUCCAACCGACGAAAGUACUUAUGAGGGCAGAGCAGAGAAGUGUGCUAAUCUCCAUUUAAAAAUAAAAGAGGUAAACCUUCCCGAAAGCACCGUCACUGCACGUCUGUUGUCUGCGUAGAUGUCCUCAGACGACGAGGAACCAACUAGUCCUGUUCUGCCCAAGGACUCGGAUCGGGGCAGCUCUGUCUCCUCCGAGCUUCAGGAUGAGUAUGAGGAGCUCCUCCGCUAUGCUGUAGUCACCCCCAAGUUUGAGACAAUCACCAGCGCUCACAUGCAGCGCCUGAACACCUCACUUCUGUCAACAGAGGGUCGGGGUCACCAGAGAAAAGACGACACAAAAUCACAGCGCCCAGCAGAGCCUGCAACUGAAGCUCAACAUGGGAGACCUUCUAGUAGGAGUGUUAGAUCAUCACAAGCCUCCCUCUUGACUGUUGAGCCCUCCACAUAUUCAAGAGCUUCUCCUGUUGAAGAGAUGGCAGGCCGGACAUCUAGCAGGGCGUCAGCGGUUUCAGACACGCCGUCAGACAGGUUACAGACAGUGACUGAGAGGUCUAGACCAAACAGCCCAGGCGUCCUCACAGAGAUGUUUAUCUCAGAGCACAACAUAAACAAGAUGGAGAACAUUCUGGACACAUGGAGCCACAACCUUAAGUCAAAUGUGCUGACGGAGCUCAGGAAGUGGAAGCUGGCCUUCAUGGAGCAACACAAGCUGGAGAUGAGGAAGGAGAGGGAAAGGAAUGCAGCCCAGACAGCUGGCCUGAAGGCAGAGCUAGAAGGCCUGAAGGAACUGCUACACACCUACGAGACUUCCAACCACAGAAAGGAUGAGGUGAUUGUGAACCUGAGCCAGGUGUUGGACAGACAAAAAGAAAAGCUUGAAAAGAUGAGGACCUUCACCCACUGGAGACUUCAACACAGUGAAGCCAAAGAAGAGGCUCAUGCUGCUCAGGUAGCACGGCAGCACUACAAUUUGCAGCUGAAGAGGAAGGUGUGGUUAGGCUGGCACUCUCUGGUCCAGAAACACUGGAAGGUCAAGAUGGAGCGGGCUUGCCGUUCAAGGGCUGAAGAGGUCUGCACCAACCUGUCUACAGAGUAUGAAGCCAAGCUGGCAGAGCACUGCAAGGCUAUAGAGAAGGCCCAGGCAGAGAUUCAGAGACUGCGACUGGAGCGAGAGCACUAUGAGGAGUCUAUGAAGAAAGCCUUUAUGAGGGGCGUGUGUGCUCUCAACAUGGAGGCUCUCAACAUGUUCCAAAGCACAGAAGGAAGACCAGAGCAAACUGCAGUUCAUGAUCAGCAUGAUCCUCUGCCUCCUCAGGAUGAGUCUGGCUCUGCUACGUUGGCUCAGCUCCAGCCAUCUCCUGUCUCUUCCACACGGAUCAGCCCGGUUCACUUUGACCGACCAGACCCUGCGUCCCACAGUGAAGGAGACGAUCUGAUGGGUUUUGGUGCCCCAGUGUCCACAACAGAAGUACUCCCUCCCACUGCAGUGGUUCACAGCUCACUCCCACUAGGGGGCCUUACAAGCUCCCAAAAGCAGGUCAGUGGUCGUGUCGUCACAGCCAGCCAACAAAAACCCUCGAAGACUGUAACGGCUCGCAUCGCUGCACGACCUGACGUCAGUAAGACUGCCCGCAGCAACCUCCAGGUGAUGGGCGUGACUCCGCCCAUGAGCUCUGUUAUAGUUGAACGCCAUCAUCCUGUAACACAGCUCACCAUUGGUCAGGCCACCGCUUCUAAGUUUCCUCGUUCCUCACAACAGGGUCCCAGUGCCGGCGGAGGAAGAGGUUCCUCCAGAACACACAGUAGCACCUGCCAUGUACACUCCAUCAAAGUAGUUGACUGACCAGACACAUACAUCUCACACCUAUACUAGAUGUGAAAUUUUACACACACUAUGCAACAAUCCUAGGGAUAGUUACCUUGCCAAUAGUUUCAAUUUCAUUCUCUUAUCUUAUCAAUUUGCUCUUUCUCUGCAUUAGAUAGCCAUUUUUCAGCUUCCUUUCAUUAAUUUUGAAAUGCAUAAUUUCCUGAGGAACAGCAUUUUUCUUAGGAAACCAGAUACAUGCAGGUGUUUAAGCACAUGUAAAUGAUUUUUAAUUAUCAGCAGCUGGAUACAGUUUGAAUUGCAAAAUGGACAUUUCUUUCUAUGAAAAUUAUGCACAGGUGCGACUGUACUGUAAUGUGUAAAAUCACAUUUUUUAAAUAUUUGUGUAAUUGAUGUUUGCUAUUGAGAUGACCGUCCAACAGCGCAGGCUGUUUACUGUACAAAACCAAAGCCAUGCUGUAUGUUUAUAAUCUGGCACAUAUUUUAAUAAAUUAUUUUACUGCUUA